UAUUCAAAUUCGUGUUAUAUCAGGUCAUGUUAUAUCGGGGUAGAGGUGUAUGAGGAUUUUAUAACAGCAGCUCCCUCUGACCCACCCACUCCCUGGAGACAACUAAAGUGGUAACAGCAGAAAGGUCAUUGGGUCCCAGUAGGGGUGGGUGGGACCCUGCUUGAUCUCCCGUGAUGGGGUCACAAAAGGGCAAGAAAUGGACAAAACCUUAAAGAAACCUUAGGUGGUGAUUUGAUUCCACAGAUGAGCUUUGAACUCCCAGCACACCAGCCUCAGACUGCAGCCGUGGGACCCAAAUAUUGGAGAUUUCGUUCUCAGCUGCGAAUAGGGUGACCAGACAACAAGUGUGAAGAAUUGGGACGGGGCGGGGGGUAAUAGAAGCCUAUAUAAGAAAAAGACCCCAAAAUCGGGACUGUCCCUAUAAAAUCGGGACAUCUGGUAACCCUAGCUGUGAAUCUACAUCCUUCAUUGGGUGUUUAAUGUGUUACUGUAUUGCCUUCCCCUGGUAGGUUCUCUUGGAGAAUACAGGCUGUUUGGUUACCUAGGAUCAGUAAUUCCACUUGUUAGUGAAUUUCGGGCCCACACUCAGUCGUGGCAGUGGCCUCUGGGUAAAUGAUCUGCAUGGCCGGGCUUUGUUAUUACUGGAGGGUGUUGCCCCUGAGGUUAGGCUUUGCAAUGACCUCCUAAAUGCAUGACACAACCUUUUGCAGGCGCUCCGCCUUCCCAUACUGAUGGAACACAAGAGGAAAAUGCAACAUUCUGUUAUGAAGCUGCAUUGAAACAUUACAUUUCAGCUUUGCUAGCAGUCCCUCCCCAGGGGUCAAGACACCUGACCAGGGCUAUGACUAGAGCUGCUUUGCGCAGGAAACUUGGUUUUGCCAGGCUCAGCUUCCUCACACCGGCAGGUGGCAAGAGUGUUGCAUCAAAAACCCGUGGAGUAUGGCUUGGGUAGGUUCUCUCUGGUUUGCCAAGGGCUCUGGCUGGGAUAUUCCAUCCCAGAUUGUGGUCCCUGUAACAGAAAAUUGGGUGGUGAGGGGAUGCAGGACUCUGCUUGGUUUGUAAAGGACAUCCCUGUCCCUGGAGAAAAUCGACAUUCAGGUUGAAAGCUGAGAAUUCCAUCAAGGGCUAAACAGAAAACAAGUGACUCCAAAAAAGUAGGCAGCAGCACGAUGCUGAGUGAAGGCAGCCUUUUAAGUCACCCAGGCAGCCGGCAGACUGAGGGGCUGUGGAGUUGGGGGAAAUUAAAACCACAGCACUCCCUUGAGAGAGCCGAGAACAUGCGUUGAUAAACCAUGAUGCAGCUGGCCUGCGUGUCCCUUUAAGAGCUUGGUUGGCUCUGUGCCAUCUCUGUGCCCGUCCUGCCUCUCUGUGAUACGUAGCUCUAGCCUAGUCUCCUCGCACACUGCUGUCUGUGAUUUCCUUCUCUGCCUCAGCUGCUACCAUCCCAGGCAGGAUGGCCUCUCAAGGCCCCCUGAAGCUGGAGGAGAAGCUGGUCUGCUCCAUCUGCCUGGAGAUGUUUGGGACAGCAGUGACCAUGCCCUGUGGGCACAACUUCUGCAUGAAGUGUAUCAACAACCACUGGGACAAGGAAGAGCAGGAGGCGCCACCAGGUGAGAAGGACUACACCUGUCCCGACUGCAGGAAACGCUUCGAGAAGCGGCUGGAACUCAGGAAGAAUGUCGCCCUUUGCAGCGUGGUGGAGCUGGUCAGGUCUGGGGAAGUGCAGGCCUUCAGCGCCGAGAGGAAAACCCCCGCCAACGGAAGGAGGUGCUCCAGGCAUGGGAGGCCCCUGGAGCUGUACUGCCAAGAGGACAAGAUGUGCAUCUGCUGCGUGUGCACAGUGAAGGAGUGCCGGGACCACCGCAGGGUCCUGUUCGAGGAGGAGCGCAAGAGAAAGGAGGUCCUUUUAGAAGAGUCUCUGGUGAAAACCCAGGAGGAAACAGUAAAGACCGAAAAGGAGAUCCACAAACUGGAGGAACAAACUGGCACCAUAAAGGAUUCUUCAGAGAGGCUGAAAUCAGGGAUUUUGCAGAAGUUUGUCCACCUGAUGAAAGUACUGGAGGAGUGCCAGAGGGGGGCCGUGGACAAGAUCGAGCAAGAGCAGGCCACUGCCUUAGGGCAAGUGGAGGAGAACUGGAGCCAGCUGCAGGAUCAUCUGGCCAUGCUCACCCAGCACCAGCAAAAGGUCCAGGAGCUGCUCACCUGUGUGGAUGACAUGAAAUUCCUAGAGGAAUUCCUGCUGCACCCUUCUCCAGGCAGCCUGGGAGUUUUGCCAGCUGUUGAAUUCAAUGUGGCCAGCGCAGUGGAUUCCACUGCUAAGAUCCUCACGGAGGUCUCUAGACUUUUGCUGGAGGAUUUGCCCAACUCCCUGAACCCAAAGGCGGCUGAUGCUGAAACCAAAGAGUUAACCAAGCCAAAGGCACUUGCUGUGAUGAAGGCAGGACCAGCCCUUCCCGAGUGUGAAUUAAGAGUGGAGCUUCUGAAGGAUCAUCGAAAUUUGACCUUCGACCCGGACACAGCCAAUAGGUACCUGCAGCUGUCCAAUCAGAACCAAAAGGCCAAACACACCCAUUCUCCUGAUGGCCUUUGUGAGGAUAAUGCCAGCAGGUUUGAGCUGUGGCAGGUUCUGUGCAGCCAAAGCUAUAGCCAAGGUCACCACUACUGGGAAGUCAGGAUCUCCAGCCACUCCGUCAUUCUAGGUGUAACAUACAAGAAAAUCCAGAGGAAGAAGCGAGCGGGUUGCUCCUUCAGCAUCGGACUGGAUGGACUGUCCUGGGGGCUGCAAAUCCGGGAGGACUGCUACUUGGCAUGGCACGAGGGCCGGUCGCAUAAGAUCAGGGCGCCCUUGUAUAAAUGCCUCGGAGUCAGCCUGGACUAUGGCACAGGCAUCCUGUCGUUCUAUGGCAUCGGGGACGAGAUGAGACUCCUCCACUCUUUCCACUGUGUCUUCACUGAGCCCCUCUACCCAGUCUUCUGGCUCUGCGAAGGCAGAGCCGUCACCCUUUGCCAACAGAACUGAGCCAGCGGCUGGGAUGCAGAAGCCAAGCCAUAGCCAGCGGGGCGUAUCCCACUUUGCAGCCAGCUGCCUGGCUUUAUUCAGUGGGCAGACUUCUAAAGCUGUAGCGAGGACCGGAGGGGUCACAAUGCAGUUGGUUCGACAGGGCCGAGGCGAUGGGGCUGCAAUGAGUUAAACGCAGGCAGAUGAGGCGGGGACCCUGAAAAGCAAAGAAACGUGGCUGGAAUGAAAAUUGCUCACGUAGUUCAGCCAUAUGUAAAUUAGAGUUAGGUGGCAGGAGACCUGCUUCCUUACCUGUCACAAGGAUCUCCUGCUGGAAGAGCUGAAGCUAGUGGGAUUCAGAAGGCACCUGGCAUCAGUCUUGUUGCAUGUGGAAUGUCAUUGCCUGUCUGCAGGCCACAUGAUGUAACAGGGAGAAGUUAGGAUCCUGUGGUGGCACCAGUGAAAGGGCUGCUGCUUGGGAGGCUCCGAUGGGAUGGUGGCAGGAAGGGAGAUAGCACAGCUUGGUGUCCCAACCCUCAUUUUCUCUGCCUCCCAGAACCCUGGACAAUCACCUCCUGCUUUUAGUUCUGAAGAGCAGUUGCUAUCAGAGAGGUGUCCUUGCAUAGGCACUGACUCCAUGGUGCUCCAGCCCUGGAUCACCCACGGAAAAAAAAAAGUGGGUGUCACCACCCACUGGCAGCCUCACUGAUCAGCUCUGUCUCCUCCCCAUCCCCCUCCCUCCCAGCACUUCCUUUUCACCUCGAUCAGCUAGCUACUCAGCAGCCUGCAGGAUGCACUGGGGAGGAGUGGGGGCAGGAAGAGAUGGGGUGGGGUUAGAAUGGGGUGGGAAGCGGCAGGGUGGGGAGAGGUUUGGGGGAAGGGGCGGAAUGGGGGUCCAGCACCCCCAGAGAAAUGACAAAGUUGGCACCUCUGUGUCCUUGCUAAGACACUCUUAGCUUAUUGGAGGAGAUGCCGGUGGGACAGGCCCUUCACCGACGUGCUGUAGAGGGCUGAGGAGGUGGUUACUCUGGUAUUGCAAACUCUUAAUCGGGGAAAGUUCCACUUUCCCCAAACCACCCAUGUUCCGGGAUGGUUCCAAGAAGAGAUUCCAGUGUGGCCCCUUUCUAGCAUACAGGGCUGUUCUGGCACCAGACCUCAGAACAUUCAGAGUACAGUGGGGGUGGGGCAAUGAGAGGGGAGCGGAUUUUUCCUCUGCUCUGCAGACAGUCAAUUCCCAUGGUUAGGUUCUACUUGUUUUUAAAAGUUCCCCUCUGGAAUAAAGCUCCAUUUUCUUA